GAAGGAGGAGGAGCUGAGCUUCGGAGCAGCGGCGGAGAACAGGCGAGGCGCAUCAGCUCCUGUUUUCGGUUUGCAGCUCCGGUUUUCGGUUUGCCCAAGCCGCGAGAUGGGCAGCGGCGGGACCAAGAAGGUGGCGGUGGUUCUAGGCGGUCUGGGCUUGGCGGCGUUCGCGGGCCUCCUGCUCCUCUGCCUGCCAACCAAGGACCUGCGGGAGCCUCCCGCUUUCAAGGUAGGUAGCGCGCGCGCAGCGCCCGGCAUAAUCCAGACGCCCGGCGUAGCCUCCGCUGCAGCUGGCGUGGAGGUGGUGGGAAGAUACCUGAAUCGGGGCACAGCUCUGUCUCCUCCAGGAAAAAGAGCAUGUGCAGAGGCACUCAGCUUUGCAAACUGAGCGGGCUAGGGGCAGCGUUCUGCAGCAGAGCAUCUGCCUUAUGCGCGGCGGGUCGCAGGCGCAGUUAUUGGCAUCUCCCAACAGAACUGGCAGCCUCCCUCGUCUAAGAACUUGGAGAGCUUCCGCCAGCCAGAGCUGGCACUGGCAGCGCUAAGCGCGGCGGACCAGUGGCCUGAACCCAGUAUAAGGCGGCUUCCUAGAGUUCCAUUCUGAACCAGCUCUUCAUUCAGAACAAUGGGGACCGGAGCCUUAUUUUGGUAGGGGAAGGGCUGUAGGUCAGCCUCAGAGCGCUCGCUUCGCGCGCAGGAAGUUCCUCGUCCGGUCCUUGGCGUUUCCAACGGGAGUCACACGGAGCUUCUGCCAGUCAGUGUCAGAGGACCAGUUCCUCAAACAGGGAGAUGGGAUGGGAUGUCGUUUCUAACUUCCACUUUUCUGCGGGUGGGGGCAGCGCUUCUCCCCGCCUCGAGUUUCCGAACCCAUUUAAUGACCUCCAGUUCAAGUCCGAACUCUUGAGCUGAAAGCAAACCAACUUAAAUGUUUUAUCCAAUUGAAGAGUUCAGAAGAUGAAAUAAAAGGGCCCCAUCUAGGAUGCAAAGUUGGGAGAGAGCUCAGUGUAUUACACAGUUUCCAUACGAACCUCUUCAUCUUUCUGUUCAAAAGUUGUGAAAAAGUAUUUCCAGUUUGUUUUUCGUUGGGGGGGGGUGUGCGCGCGCGUGUUGAGAGUCAUUCGGGACAACGCUCAAAUUUUCUGUUAUCCUUAUUGCUGUUUAUUAAUUAGCCAACCCCUCAUGCUAAGGUUGGCGGGUUACAGCAUUAAAACCAAUAUUUAAAACAACUUAAACUCUUAAAGCAACUUGCAACCAUAAAAAUAUGUUGGGUCCUAAAAACACGCGCCUCGAGUGUUAAAAGCGUUGGUCUUUCAUAGGCGUGGGGACGUCUCCUUGCUUUGCGUUCUAUUGUCGCGGCGUUUAAGGGUUUGUCGAUUUAGAUGCGUUUUCCAGGUGGUUUGCUUGCAGGCGGGCAGGGUUAAUGGGGUUGAGGAGGGAAAUGGGUCGCUAGGGAGAGGGGAUCACUGACUUAGCAUCUGCCGGGUGCAAUUGGAAGUUCAUCCCCACUCCCGAAAAUUGACAUUGAUCUUGUUCUUGAACGGGUGGUGGAGGAAGGGCAGGCUCCUCCUGGGCAGUUUAAAGUUUAGCUUUCUGGUGAACAAGUCCAGCUUUUUGCACUGUAAUUCAAUGGUAGCAAUUUUUAGGAGUUUCGUUGGAACCCAGGGCUGAGCUCCAGGGCUGAAUCCAAUCUCUCUUCAUGAAGCGCAACGAAGGAUGCGCAACAGAAGGGCUUAAGGCCCUGUCUGUUCUUGACUCUGGCGCCACCUAUUGUUGGUCUCUCUGCUUUCUGGCUUUCUGAAAGUUUUAAACUGCUGCUAUUAGUUUUUCUUAUUGAUGAUUUUAUAAUAUUGUAUUUUUUGUAAGCUGUUUUGAGAUUUGGUUGUUGCUUUAACAGUCAAGUGGCAGACAAUUUUUCUGGGUGGCCAGCCACCAUACAUGAGAAGUGGUGGCUAAAAAUGUAACAGUAGCUUUGAGCACAUCCAAAGUGCCACCCUGCUUACUCAUGCUCUGCUUAUUAAUUUUUUUAUCACCUGUGCUUUAAUAUUCUUCUGAGAUUUUGUACUUAGCAGAGAUGACAAAGUUAACGUGUUUAAUUAAAGAAAAAUAUUUACUGACAUUUAUUCAAGACUGGAAACUUCUUAUGGACUUUUUGUAUGAAAGAGAAAAUGCUUGUAAUAUCUGAAUUUGAAGAUUUAAAAAAUGGUUUAUAGAAGAUACAAUGGUUGGAAAUUAAUGAGUAAAAACUAUAUUUACCUGCAGGACAGAGAACCGGGAGUCUUUUUCAGAGAGUAUUUCUUUCCCUUUUCACUUUCUUCUUUCAUUUAUUUCCCUUUCCCCUUUUUUCUUCUUCUUUAUUCCUUUUUAGAGUAAACAUUUAUUUCAGUGUAUUAUUAAAAAGAUAUUCUGUACUGGGUAUGAACUUUUGUAUAUCUUUGGGCAAGUAUCAAUAAAUAUAAUUAAAUGGGGAGAGGAAAAAUGUUUUGAGAUUGUUUGCUUACAUCUUUCAUUUUCUUCAUUUUCAGCUUUUUGGCUAUAACCUGUAUUUGGCUGACCAAUAAAAGUUGUUGUUGUUGAAUAACCACACCCAACCUGCAACCCUCUAAAAUCAGAUGCUAAUAUUUCUGAAUGUGACAGAAUAAUUUGAGUACAUGAUUGAAUGCCUAUAAUCUCUCUGUUGUAUUAAUUAAAUACUUUGUGUUAUGUAUGUGGGGGGAGGCGAGGGUCCUGGAUGGCUUUCCUGGGUGGUAAAACUGGGGUAUGUCCAGGGAGCAAAUCAUCUUCAGUGACAAGAACUCUGAAUUGGUACCUUAUUUAUCAGCACCUAUAACACACACAAAAACCCAUGGUACAAAUCUUUCAGAUUGCACAUCACACUUUUUCAAAGCAGAAGGGGUUAAAAUGAAGUAAAAGACCAUGCAUUGUCUCCAGCAAAGUGCCACUGAAUGUGCCCAUUAAUCUAGCAUUGGAUAUUACCCAUCUUUACAUCUCCUGGUUAAUAUUAACAAGCUGAGAUAUUAACAAGAACAACUUCAGAGUGAGUGUUAUUUUAAGAAACAGUGGAAGGAAUAAAAAGGGAUUGCUGGGUGGACUUAAGGACCCCCUGACCUUGUCCAGCCACCCCUUUUGAAAUCAAUUAUCAACAAUUUGAAGGAGGUGUGUGGGGGGGGAAUCUGCUAAGAAAUAUUAAUGGACUGGAUGACAAUGCACUUUCUUGCUAUCCCUGCAAGGCCUUCAGGGCCUUUGGCAUCUGGUCAGGGAGACACAGGUCAACUCAUUUAGUUGCAAAGCCUGCUAGGAAAAUUUAAUGUCCUGUUUUUGGGGAACCCAGUACUGUUGGCCUCCAGUUCCCAUCAGCCAGAACUGCCAAUGGUCAGGGAUGAUGGAGUUGUAGUCUGAAUGGCCUCAGGUGUUCCUCACACCUGGCCUAGUGGGCAGCUUCGCCCUGUGGUAGAAAAAUCCCAGUUUAUCACACAGCAGCUCUUUCAAGACCUUUCAGUGGACCAGGGUUUGCACCUGACCCGCCCAUCUCAGAAACCAACACCCUCCCAAUACUGGCAUGGAGUAACGGUCACAAUCUUUCUUCCUUUCUACCUCCCUGGAGAGAAAGGCAAUCAGUCAGCUCAAGCGCUCCAAAACACUUUAAGAAUGCAAGGGUCAUCUGUUUAGAUCAGGGAGGGCAAGGACUUUGCUGGCAUAGAACAUCGGCCUGGCAUGCACAAGAGCCCACGUCUAAGGCCUAAGACCACCUUGGGAAGCUGCUGACAGUCGGAGGAGGCUGGAUGGACAAAAGGUCUAAAAGGCAGUGUUUGAUGUUUAGAACAAGCAAUCUGUUUGCUGGAAAUAAUCCCAGUUUCCGUGCCUCCCUUUUUAUGGUGGUUUAUUGGAUUCGUGUGAGGUAUCUUCUUGGGCAGUUUGUAGUUUCUGCUUUGGAGAGAUGCCUGAUUUUUUUUUUUUUAAAAAAGGCAAUAGGAACCAUCUUCAAAUAUUUGGAAUGCUGUUCUCUCUUGUCUCUUGUUCCAGAGGAUAAGAACCCAGAUUAGUGGGUGCACAUUGCAAGAAAAAAGGCUUUGAACGAAGUGGUAGGCAGUGGAACAGAAUGUGGUUUCUCUUCACUGGAGGUUUUAAAGCAGAGGUUAGAUGGCCUCCUUACAGGUUUGUUGUAUGAGAAGAUUUCCUGCAUUAAAGGGGUGUGGAUUGUACUAGACCCAGGAGCUUAGCCCCUCAUCCAUAGCUCCACCCCUCUCUUUUCACAAAACAGUGGUACCUCAGGUUACAGACGCUUCAGGUUACAGACUCCGCUAACCCAGAAAUAGUACCUCGGGUUAAGAACUUUUCCUUAGGAUGUGAACAGAAAUUGCGCAGCGGCAGCAGCGGGAGGGCCCAUUAGCUAAAGUGGUACCUCAGGUUAGGAACGGACCUCCAGAACAAAUUAAGUUCUUAACCUGAGGUACCACUCUAUACAGUGGUACCUCGUGUUAAGUACUUAAUUCGUUCCGGAGGUCCGUUCUUAACCUGAAACUGUUCUUAGCCUGAAGCACCACUUUAGCUAAUGGGGCCUCCCGCUGCUGCUCUCCGCCGCCGGAGCACGAUUUCUGUUCUUAUCCUGAAGCAAAGUUCUUAACCCGAGGUACUAUUUCUGGGUUAGCGGAGUCUGUAACCUGAAGCAUAUGUAACCCGAGGUACCACUGUACACUCAUCAAGGUUCUGCUUGCUCCUUUCAUAUCUAUCAACAACAACAACACAAUAGCAAAUAUAACAACAUAAGGAACAACAGUAGCAUUUCAGUACUAUAAAUACUACAAGAUUGCAUUAAUCUUUUCUCACAGAGUUGGUCUUGCUCCUUGGGAACCUCUUCCUUGAACCUUUUCCAUCUAGGCAUCUGGGCUGGCCCUUUUUUGGGUGCUGAGCACCAUGCCAGACAGGCAAGAUGCCUUCCAUAUGAUCGCAAAUUUCCAGUUACGUUUCGGGCCUAUCUGUGUUCCCAUCAGCAGGGCAGGUGCAAUAUCUGCUGUCAGGGAAGAUGAGGUGAGGUUAGAGCGGGGAAGCCCUCUUGUGUCAUCCACACUGUGGAAACUGUUGCCAAACAUGCCUCGUUCCACGUGCAUUCCUGCCAUAAAUAAACACAGGGCAGUGUAGGAGUUCUCCGCCUACCCUCCUGGUUUUUGUUUUUGUUUAAAUUGUUUGGGGCACUGCUCCUUAUGCCCUCCCCAGUGGAAAGGAGGCAAGAGAGAAAGGUAUCCCAGCUAUUUGGCAACAAGGAUCUAUUGUGAAAUGGCAAUGUGAGCUUAGGAAAUGAAGUGGCACAUUUAGGCAAGGUCAGGUUAAACAUUAAGAAUAUAUAUACUUGCUGGUGCAGUUUGCAAAUGGAGCGAGGCUGUGUGGAGAGAUUGCGAAAGAGACUUCCUUGUAGUCGUCGUUUUCUUCUUUGACCGCAUUUUUGCACCAUGGAAAUCUCAUACUGUAUCUUCCUUGUAGGGCACAUACCAGACAUGCAUAAAUUUAAGCAGAUCUGCUAGCAUUUCCUUUUGUUUAUCUCACAGCCCUGCAUCGUGAUGGAGGCCAAUUAGGUGGCUUUCAAUGUAGAGAGAAAGAGAUAUGGUUAGAUGAUACUGCUGGGCUGGAGCUCCCAAUGUUCCUGAUCAUUGGCCACAUUAGCUGGUGCUGAUGGGAUCUAGGUCUGGUCUUGGACUGGGUGGGUGACCACCUGGAAGCCACACCCACCUUGGCUUCUAUGAUAGCAGCGUCCAGUAUGGUUUCAAACUGGAUGGGAAACUGUGUUGAGAUCCCUACCUUGCAGGGAAUUGGACUAAAUGACCCUCUACAGUUUUAUGAUUCUAUGGAAGAAAGAGUCUCUGGAUCUUUGCAUUUAUAGCCAACCUUUCUUCCAUAGAAUCAAAGUAUUGUAGAGUUGGAAGGGACCCUGUAAAAUGAAGGGGACCUUCCAGAUGUAACCUUCCAGAUGUUGCUGGAUUGCAGCUUCACUGUUCCCCACCCACUGCUAUGUUGAGGCCAAGGCAAAAUGGAUUCCACAGAGGGUUGAAAGGUAAAUAGAACUUCCACAUGCAGGGGCAGUCUACCUCUAGGACAGAUAGGGCAGACAAACAGUAGAUCACCAUCAACUGCCACUCCCUGCUUGCCCCUUUUAGGAGCUACAGUGCUGGCUAAGUGAGAUCAUUGCUUUCUGCUCCUGUUAGUGGUUUACCCACUUCCUGCCUCUGGCAGGCUGACAUCUCCUGCUGAUUUCUGAGGUUGCACUGCCACGACAUAGGCUCACUUUUUUUAUUAUUUCUAUUUAAAGGUAGUCAAGAUUUCCCACCUGUGAACAUGGGAUCUGUGGGUCCAUAGAAGGGGGAUGAACAACAGAGAGGGAGAAUUGUGGGUUCAUAUCUUGCUUCAAGCAUUCUCGCUCAUCAUCCCCUUUAAUCUGCACAUAGCUGUCAACUUUUCCCUUUUCUUGCGAGGAAUCCUAUUCGGAAUAAGGGAAUUUCCCUUAAAAAAUGGGAAACGUUGACAGCUAUGAAUCUGCACCAUGGGAAGAGUCACACUGACCUAUGUUAUGCAGUCACUGGAAAGCUGUUUGAGAAAAGUGAAAUAAUAUAGAGAUUGUUCAGGGGAGUUUCUGCUUUUGGUUACAUGCAUAGGCUGGGUUGCUGUGGGAGCAUUGCAUUUGGAGAGUCUCCUGGUGGGGCAGGGGGCGGGGAGAGGCACGGUCUCCUCAUGGGCAUCCUGCCUUCCAUGCUUGGUAUGUAAAUCUCUUUAAAUCCCUUGGCACCCCAGCCAAGUCUGAGACUGCUGCUUUGCCAGGGCAGGAGAGAGCCUUUUAAGAAGCCUGGGAACAAUCUUGCACAAUUUUGCUGAGGCUUGCAUCCAAAAGCCUGCCCUGCAUGCACAGAAGCCUUUUGGCACCUUGACUUUGCUGGAGGGGAGAUCAGGAAAGCCUUGGGGCUAAUUCAUGGACUGCAUUUGCUAGAGACACUUCCAAGUCAUUUGCAAAGUCUAAAUCAACAGUAAAAGGAUGUGGGGUUUGCAUUAACCAUGAACCCCUAAUCCAUUCUUUUUCAGCAUGGUUCCCUCCAGAUAUUAUCAGACUCCAGCUCCCAUCAUGCCUGAUCCUUGGCCACACUGGCUGGGGCUGAUGGGAGUUGGAGUCCAACAAGGUUUUAGGUCCUUAUAUCUAUUUACAGAACCUUGAAUAGCUUUGCUCCAGGGUACUUAAGGCACCACCUGAAUAUUUGUAUCUUAUCUCAGUCACUGAGAUCAUCUGCAGCAGCACUGCUGGUCAUUCUCCGGGUUGGUGAAGUUCAUAUGAAAGCAUCAAGAAACUGAGCCAGUCCUGUGGAACACCCUACCACCAAAGAACCAGCAAAUUCCUUCCAUUUCAACUUUUAAAUGUCUGUUGAAAAUUUCUAUUCCUUCAGGCUUGGAAUACAUAUUUCCACAAUAGUUAGCUGAUUUCUGAUUUUAACCUUUUGGUAUGGUUUUUACUGCAUGCCUUUACGCACAAUUGUUGUAAACAGCUCUGAUAUAUUUAGGAAGAAGCAACUAAGGGUAAGAGCUGUUCGACAGUGGAAUGUUCUCCCUUGGGAGAUGGUGGACUCUCCUUCCUUGGAGGUUUUUAAGCAGAGGUUGGCUGGCCAUCUGUCCUGGAUGCCUGAGCUGAGAUUCCUGAAUUGCAGAACAUUGAACCAGAUGACCCUAAAUGACUCUACAAGUCUAUGAUUUUAUGAAUCAUCAUAUGUAAAUAUUUUUAUAAACAUCUGGAGGGCCACAGGUUGCCAAAUGGAGUGCUACCUGAUCAGGUUCUGAGCCAUUCCAGUCAGCCAUGCCCCUCUUUUCCAUCCCCACUCUGUCAGUCAGUAUCCUUUGACUACUGACCACACUCGGUCUUUAUUCAGCAGUUUUUAGGGUUUUCUCUUUCCACCACUCUGACUGCACUGGGGUUUUUCCCCUGGGUAUUUUUGUACUUCUCCAAACUUUGGGGCAGCCCCAAGCCUCUUGACCUCCUUCUUGUGGGGGGGGUGAUGUUAUUUUGGCUACCUAAACCUUGACUCUCAUAGCCUGAAUCUAUCAGUCAAAGGAAUGAUUUGGAACCUUGUUCUGUGAUCUCCCAGGACUGAUCUCCUCCCAUUCCCUUCUGCUCGUUCCUUCCUUCAAGUUUGAUGACGCCUCCUCUGGCGUUUCUUCUUCCUUCCUCCAGAUUAGCAUUCAAGUCACUCAGGAGUUAUAUAAAUGCUGGGCUCUUUCCCUGCUUUCAUUCCUGCUUUCCAGCUGGAACUCUCCCUGACUCUCCUGUAACUUUGCCAAAGUGUGACUUCAUCUGCAGCCUCCCAAAUGAGACAAUGAGCAAUCCUGAAGCUCUGUUUCUCAAUCUCUCUCACUCGGAAGCAUUGGUGGCUAGAGCUUUGGGAAGUGACAAAAUGUGCUGUCACAAACUGACAUGAUAUCUUAGGAAUACAAGGAAGAGCUGGGUCAGGGAAGGGCUGUAGUGCAGUACUAGGGCACCUGCUUUGCCUAAAGAAGGUCUCAGGUUCCCCUAAUGGCAUCUCCAGGUAGGGUGAAACCCUGUAGAGCUGCUGGCAGUCAGUGUGGUGAUACUGAGCAAGAUGCAUCCAGUGGUCUGAUGGUACAAGGCAGUUAAAUGACUACACCCCAGAACAGUUGGCCAUAGAGCAAAGCCAGGGGUGACCCUGGACUGAGCCUUAAGUGGUCCUCAGGGCCUGGUGCAACAUGUUAACUGUUGCUGGACUGAUUGGCAACAGUGAUCAUAGAGCCAUAACUUCACAUAUGUAAAUGGACAUCUUCCAGUAACAUUCAUAUGUGACUUCAAAAGUGGAAAGCAGAAAUAGCAUGGCUUCUGCAAACUAUCUAUAUGUAGGGAUGAGCAGUGAGGCAGCCAAGUUUGCUGGUGCUGCUAAAUGGUUUAAAACAAAAAGAGUUUGAGAAGAGCUCUGAUAGGACCUCUCUAAACUGAGUGAGCGGGUGGUAAAAUAGCAGGUGCAAUUCACUGUACACAAGUGUAAAGUGAGACACACCAGGGCAAAAGAAAUAAUAAUAUUGAUUUCAUGUUUAUGCUCCUGGGGUCCAAGGAAUAAAUGUGGCCCUCUAGAUGCUGCCUUGCAACAAGUUUCAGCAUAUUUCUGCAUUGCAGGGGCCUGGAGUAGAUGACCCUUGCAGUCCCUUCCAAAUCUACAGUUUAUGAUCUACGAGUUGCAAGAGUCAAGCAGCAUCCUGGAGGGCUUGCAAGAGACUCCAGGUCUUGCCCUUCUUUAUUUCAAAUCAGGACACAGAGAAGCUGCAGUCAAUUCUUCUUCUUCUUGUUCUUCUUUCUGGGAAUCCCAGAGAUGUUCUUUGCAAAGGUCAUUCAGCCGCUGCCAGAACGAGCCCCUGUGCGCUUAGAAAAAUUCUUCUCUGUUCUGCAGAUUGAGUGCCAGGACUUCUCAAAGAGACUAUUGGGCUUGACUUGGGCUUUUUGCAAUGCAGCGGAUCUCUUGAAUUCAUUCUCUCUCACUGGUGUUUCUCUCUCUCUCUCUCUCUCUCUCUCUCUCUCUUUCUUUCUCUCUCUCUCUCUCUCUCUCUCUCUCUCUCUUUCUCUCUUUCUCUCUUUCUCUGCCUCUGCAGCUAUUUCCUUUCUCAGAGCUUCAAAUAAUGUUUUCUGCUCAGAGUUCUGGUUGCACCAUGACAUAGGUGCAAACUCCUAGGGGCCGAGGGAUCUUCGCUCCCCCCCCCCAUAAAAUAUUUGAGGGAGCCCACCCCACAUUGAUGGGCAUUGCCAGUCAAAUGGUGUGCAUGUUCCACAUCUUGUGAUUGAUUAUAUGGGGUGAGGCUUAUAUGGGGUAUAGUGUAGUAUCAAAAUAGGGCUUCUUUUUUUGGCACAAUAUGGAUAGACGUCUUUUCAAAAUUUGAGGAAGAGGAUUGGCUAUAUUUUACAAAAACUAUACCAAUCAGUAUUCCUUUAUUGAAUCCAUCAAAACUUAUUUAUACUGUUGAAUUUAUCUUAAUGCUACCAGCGUUUUCAGCUGUACAUAAUUAUUUUUCAUACAUUAAAUAAAUGUUUUCCAAUCUUCUUUAAACACAUGUUCUUCUUGUUGUCUUAUUCUAUAUGUUAAGUCUGCAAGUUGUGCAUAUUCUGUCAACUUAAGUUGCCAUUCUUCUUUGGUUGGGACUUCGCACGUUUUCCAUUUGGGGGCUAACAAAACACAAGCUGCAGUUGUAGCAUACAUAAAUAACCUUUUUUGACACCUGGGGAUUCCAGUCUGAAUUAUCCCCAACAGAAAGAACUCUGGUUUUUUGGGGGGAAAGAACCUUUAAACACCCCCCCCCCAAUUCAUUAUAGAUCAUUUCCCAAUACUCUUUUACUGGGGCUGAUGAGAGCUGUAGUCUAAAACCGCAGGAGGGCACCAGGUUAGUGAAGGCUGGUCAAGAGGGUAGCUCAGGUGACCCAUGUAAUGUUGGGGUGUCUUUCACCCCAGUUUCUCCCAUUCUUAGAGCCAGCCAAUUAGCCUUGAUGGCCCAUUGUCUACCCUGCCAUGACAAUGAAUUGCAAUGGCUUGGUCACUGGGUGUGGGUAAAUGGUUAAAAGCUUGAACUUGGAGUUCAUGCAAGCACCUUGCAAAAUUUGCUAUAUAAGGGCAUUCUCUGUAGCGGAAACACAAACCCACUCUGCCACCUCCAGCUUUCAGUUUUAGAUGCGUUGUGAAGAUGAAAGGAAACAUUUUCUUUUUUUAAAAAAAAAACAUUUAUUGCUUUUCCAACGAUUUAAACACUACAAAAACAAUACAAUACAAUACAAAAACACUACGUAACAUUGACACAUUAAACACAUUAAACUAACAAAACAAAACAAAAACAGUUUAAAAUAAAUCAAACAAUUUCAAUAUCUUAUCUUUCAUUCACUUAUUUCCACGACCUCCUCACACCUCCCUUUUUGUAUUCCACUUCUGUUAAUUGUUUCAGCAAUUCCUUUCCAUCUUCCUCUGUUUUCUAUCCUAUAAUUAUCUUAACACAUUCUAACCUUAUUUUUCCUUUAAUACUCUAUUAAUCUAUUUAUACUUAUUUCCUUAUAACAUUUCUACUAAAGCCAUAUAAUUUCAUUCCAACAUUUUUCUAACAUUCAUUAAUUUUACAAUAUUUCUGUAGAUAGUCUUUAAACUUUUUCCAGUCUUCUUCCACCAAUUCUUCUCCCUGGUCUCGGAUUCUGCCAGUCAUUUCCGCCAUUUCCAUAUAGUCCAUCAACUUCAUCUGCCAUUCUUCCCGGGUGGGUAAAUCUUGUGUCUUCCAAUACUUCGCGAUGAGUAUUCUUGCUGCUGUUGCAUACAUAAAAAAAGUUCUAUCCUUCUUUGGCACCAAUUGGCCGACCAUGCCCAGUUGGAAGGCCUCUGGUUUCUUCAGGAAGGUAUAUUUAAAUACCUUUUUCAUUUCAUUAUAAAUCAUCUCCCAGUAUGUCUUAAUCCUUGGGCAUGUCCACCAAAGGUGAAAGAAUGUACCUUCAGUCUCAUUACAUUUCCAACAUUUAUUGUCGGGCAAAUGGUAAAUUUUUGCAAGCUUGACUGGUGUCAUGUACCACCUAUAAAUCAUUUUCAUUAAAUUUUCUCUUAAGGCAUUACAUGCUGUGAAUUUCACACCUGUGGUCCAUAUCUGUUCCCAGUCAGCCAUCAUUAUAUUAUGUCCAACAUCUUGUGCCCAUUUAGUCAUAGCUCAUUUCACCGUUUCAUCCUGAGUGUUCCAUUUCAACAGCAAGUUAUACAUUCUUGACAAAUUCUUGAUUUUUGGAUCUAACAGUUCUGUUUCCAAUUUUGAUUUUUCCACCUGGAAACCAACUUUUUUGUCCAAAUUGUAUGCCUCCAUUAUUUGGUAAUAAUGGAGCCAAUCUCGCACUUUAUUUUUCAAUUUUUCAAAACUCUGCAAUUUUAGUCUGUCUCCAUCUUGUUCCAGAAUUUCCCAAUAUUUCGGCCAAAGGAAACAUUUUCUUGGUGGUGUAAAGAAAUUCAGAAUCUGGCUUUGGGUCUCUCUCUCUCUAACUACUGAUUGUUUUCUCUUCUUGGGGGGUCUUCUGAGAUCCUUCUGCUGCUGGUUUACAACCCAAGCCCCCCCCCAGGCCCCCAAUGAUUAGAGUACAGCAAUUCAAGGAAAACCAAAACCUCCUGGGGCCACUGUUAAGCACAAUUCAAUACCAAACCAUGUGGGAAGUUGUCUCCCCUGUGGCUCUGCGAAAGUUGCUGCUCUGAGUUGGCAUCCGUUCAGUUGCUCUCCUCCAGGAAGUGGAAGCUUCCAGGAAGUGGGGAGACAAGUCUAACAUACUCCACAUUCUAAGGAUAGAUCACAACUAAUAAAUGCUUUUUGUGCGGUGAUGGGAAGCAGCAUUUCCUUAGAUUUGGACAUGCUAGCCACAAAAGUAAGGUAGCAAUGCUAAUCGUGGACCCCUCUGCAUUUCCAACUUUACUAUAAGAAGACAUUAGUUAAAAGAUACCCUUCGAAAAUCUAAGGGCAUAUUGGCAUUCCUACCACCACACGUACAUACAUGUCCCCUCCCCACCCUGUAUCUUGCAUUCCCUCCAGCAAUUAAGCGAUGGGAGAUCACAAAUGCAACUAAGGGCAGACAGGGUCAUGAACCAGGGGAGGCAGAUGCAUGGAGCAGAGGUCUAGCCAUCAUGGCUAACAGCCAUUGGCAGGUGGAACCUCCAGGCAGUAUGCCUUUUGAACAACUACUGCAGGGGCCAGAUCAUUGAUCCACCAUGCUCACUGUUGUCUGCACUGACACUCUCCAGAGUUCCAGCUUGUGGCUGUUCCCAGCCCUGCCUGGAAAUGCCCAGGAUUAAACCUGGGAGGAUUUUCUGAGGCAAAAUGGUUGGCCAUUGUACGAAAACAGGAUACUGGACUAGAUGGACCAGAGUCCAAUUCAGCAAGGCUCAUCUUACAUCCUUAUGCUUGUUAAAUGGAGCCUCCAUUUGCAGAGGCAGUCUGCCUCUGAAAGCAGAUGCUGGAAAACCAGCGAAAGGAGGCUCUUGCCUUUAUGCCCUGCUCAUCCUGAUUGGCUGCUGGAGGUAUGGGUUUAGAUGGAUCUUUGGCCAGAUCCAGCAAGGCUCCUCUUAGGAUAUGUUGUUGCUAUUUGCACACACACACCCCUCUCCCGAAUGCGCCAGCUUUCCAAGAACUCUGUGAUCUUUACAAGUCAUGCAUCUGGCAGUCCGAAGCAUGUAUUGUUUUGGAAUUUGCAAGAGUCCAAGUCCCAACUCUAGAUUUUUCCACCUAAAGGAGGGUGAUAAAAAAACAGACUUCUCUCCAGGCUCUUUUGUGGGGGCCUGUCAAGGAAGCGGGGGUGGGGUUGGAGGGUGUGUGUGUUCCUGGCUGAGGUUUGACCUACAGAUGUGCAGGCUGGGAAAUGGGCUGCUCUCUGUUGCUCAGCUCACAAUAUGCUGUUUACGGAAAAAUUGGCAUUGUGAAUCUUGUAGCUAAAUAAGCUCCAGGGGAGCCUUGCUUAAAAACGGGAGGAGAGGCUGGACUGCGGAACAAGGCAGGAGGCAUAGAUGACUAUCAGAUGUACAAGGGAACAUGGGCUGGCUGUCGGUCUGAAUGUCCCCUUUUGGCUUGGAGUGGUCAGAGGUUAUGGGAAAGAGAUUUCAAGGGGCGGGUGCUGGUCCUGCAAUAGGCGGAACCAAUGUACAAACUGUGGAGGCAAAGCAAGCGAGCUGCUCUGAGUUUUUACCGUAUUUUUUGCUCUAUAAGACUCACUUUUUCCCUCCUAAAAAGUAAGGGGAAAUGUGUGUGCGUCUUAUGGAGCGAAUGCAGGCUGCGUAGCUAUCCCAGAAGCCAGAACAGCAAGAGGAAUCACUGCUUUCACUGUGCAGCGAUCCCUCUUGCUAUUCUGGCUUCUGGGAUUCAGAAUAUUUUUUUUCUUGUUUUCCUCUUCCAAAAACUAGGUGCGUCUUGUGGUCUGGUGCGUCUUAUAGAGCGAAAAAUAUGGUAAUUCCCUCCGCCCCUGACUCCAGCCAAACUGCUUUGGAAAUCAUAGAACUGUAGAGUUGGAAGAUAUUGGUCAUCUAGUCCAAACCCCUGCAAUGGAGGUACCAAAAAAAUAUAUAUGAAGAAGUCCAACCUCCUGCAUGAAACCAUCACCAUUUGCACGCACACAUAUUACACAAAUGUCCUGGAGUGUUUGCAAACAUUCCUCUCAGUUGUAUGGUGUCUGUCAUAGAAUGUUGGCCAACUGGAGCCUGCGUCUGUGAGUUUGGAUAUAGCUGUCAUGAAUCUUAAAUCUGAAUUGGAUCUUAAGUUCAAUUCCACAUCAGCCUGCUAUUUGUUCUUUAAGUUCUCAUGAAAAUUCAUUGGUAUUUUAAUGCCAAUUUUUGCUAAUAUAUCCAUCUUUAUAUAGAGCUUUGCCCAACAUUUUUUUUUUUUUUUUUGCAAAGCACAUCUUCUCUAAUGUUUGGCAUCUUGGAUGUCACUGCUACGAAUACAGGCACACUGUUCCACACACUUUACCCAGUCUUAUGCAAUUUUGUGCACAUUGCUGGACUGGAGGAGAAUGGCAUUGCAUAAUUCAGAGGAACAUAAAUUUUGGAGGAUGGCUGUGUUUUUGUCUGCAUAUUUUUCGAGAAAGUAGAAAUUAGGCAGGCUUACCUUUAAAGGUGAUCUGGAUGGAAUUUCUCCCCCAUCCUGAAUAGUUGUCAAGACAGAGCUAGGCACUACUAGGGUAAGUGAGGUGCCAGGACUUGUUUGGAAGGAAACUGAAGCAGCGUUACCAGUUACAAGGCAUUUUUUGCUUGCUCUGGAUACUGUCAUGUUGUCUGGGCAGCCUCUUUAGGACAAUCAAGUUAUUGCUUGAAUGCAAACCGGCAAGUCUCGCCCUAGAAAAUUAACUGCCCUUGAGGUGUGUAUUAAGUAAUCAGAAGGCAUUAAGAAAUAAAACCCUUUUGCAAGAAUCUCCACCAGAUUUUUGACACAGAACUGGAUCGUCCAGGUUCUCUGCAAAGUGGAGGGUGAAAGGCUGGUGCUUUGUGUGCAUUGUUGCAAAUUUGAGAACGUUAUCCAAAGAAGAGCCCUGCAGCAGCUGGAUCAGACCAGAGGGGCCCAUCUAGUCCAGUAUCCUCUUCUCACAGUGGUCAACCAGAGGCUCAUUAUGGGAAGUGUGCAAGCAGGGCCUGAUUUCAACAGCAGCUCACUCCCCACUUGCAAUUCCAAGCAACUGGUAUUGCCUACAAAAGCAAUGAUGGGUUUAGUUUGGAUGUAAUCUGAGGGUUCCCUUAUAGUCCUGUGAUUCUUGGCUGCGUUUUGUUCACCAGGAGAGGGUUUACAGAACAAGGAAGACCUUCAGGGAUUAUCUUGCUGGUUCUGAGACAGUGUUCAGCUGCCCUGCCUUUUGACAUGGAAGCAUGUUCCAUCAACAGAUGGGCUCUUCUGAAAGGAGGUCAUUUGAGAACCAGAGAAUCAUAGAAUUGUAUUAUUGUUGAUGACUUCUGGGAGAAAGGAAUGGCAGUUUAGCUGUCUCUCUGUUAGCUCAGUCUUCUGGUGUAGGGAAAGCAGACAGAGGUUUUUUGCUCAUCGUACUAGAAAAAAACAUUUUACCACCCCUGGCGGGAACGCAUUCCAAUAUGAGGGUUUUGGUCUGAUGCGCAUAAGGAACUGCAACUGGUGCUACAGGUGAUAAUACAGAAUUAUUUUUGCUGUCUAUGUUUAUGGGGCAUAACAAGGAUAUCAGGUCUAAGGACUUGAUUCCGCAUUUGCUAAUUGCAGCUGGAUGAGCGGCCGCUUGACACAGGUAAGAUUUUGAUAACCUAAACUUACCAUCCUGGUACAGAAGGAUUUGGACUUUAGCAACAGCAGAGAAAAUGAUGCAAUAAAGCAGCUUUAUGCAAGGAAAAGGAAAACCACAAUAAUGGCAGUUAUGAACAUUUGGCAACUUUAAUAUACUUAAUGUGAACUCUGGGACUGUUUAAUCUUUUAUUCUUUGAGGUCAUGGUGUGCCUUGUCCUUUUCUUGCAUUUCCCCCCUUUUUAAUUUCUAUUUUAUUGUUUUUCUUUUGCAUAAAUAAACUGACAGAUCCAAUGAAGGUGAAUCUUGGAAGAUUAUGGACAGACAAAAGAGAGUAGUUCACUCAGGGCAAAGUUAAACUUAAACUCUGAACUUCCCUCCCAGAAGAGGAGGAUGGCUUUAAAAGGGGUGUGUGCACAAAUUCAUGGAGGAUCAGACUCUCAGAGGCAACCAGCCACAAUGGCUGUGUUCUACCUCCAUUGCCAGAGGCUGCAUGUCUCCAAAUGCUGGGACUUGCAGGUAGGGAGGCUGCUGUUGUGCCCAGGUUCUACUUGUGGGCUUCCCAUUUGGCUGGCCACUGUGACAAGAGGAUGCUGGCUUGGAUGAGCCUUUGGCCUGAUCCAUGAGGGUUCAUCUUCUGACGUCCUCAUGUUUCUGAGUCAGACUACCAUUCCACCCAGCCAACCAUUGUCCCUACUCUGCUUGGCAGUGAUUCUCCAGGGCAGUGAGCAGAGAGAGCAAUUUCCAGAGCUGAUGCAGACAUUGAACGUGGGAUCUCUUCUGCUUGCAAAGCAUGUCAUCUGCCACUGAGUGCUAGCCCCAAACGAGGGCUGGCAAUCAUGAGCUGGCACCACUGGGCACUUUCCAAUGCACACACCUCCAAAGGAGGGCUGCUGCCUCUCGUUGUUGCUGCCUGUUUCUCACUCUGAAGUAGCACAGGAGGGUCCAGAAGGUGAGCAAGCUGCCUCUGUUUCCCUUGCCAUCUCUGACUGAGCUUUUCUGUGGACUGGACAUCAUCAGUGGUGGGAGGUUCACCUAGGAAGAGCCUACCCAUCUCAAAAUCUGGAGCUGGCCCUGUCCCAAAUCCCGUUAAUGGAGCUGGUUCUAGGUGCCUCGGCAGUGUGGGUUUAGCCUGAGAGGUCAAGAGAGGGAGUUUUCAAGAUGGCUUUGCAAGGCUUCGGUCUCCUUAUCACUAGUUGGCAGAGAAGAGCCUUCUUUGCAUCCUUGGGUUCCGUGGGGCAGCCUCAUUGCCUUGUGGAGCUGGACAAUAGCCAGCCGCCACCAUCCUUCAGUGGCAAAGCACAAGCUGCUAUUUCAUUCCAUUGUGCGCUGUUACUUGUUGGAACGUGAAGGCUUAUCUCCCUCCCAUUUAAUAAUGCUUUUUGUUUCUUUCAUGUAGAGCACUUAUGUCCCAAGUGCUUGUGCUUGCUGGCCAGAAAGGCUCUUUUCUUUUCUUUCUUUCUUUUUGUGAUAUGAUACUUUAUUUAUAAUUCAACAUUAACAAAGGGGGGGAAACCACAGUAGUUGCUACAUCAAUUCCUUUACAAUUAACCAAUCUUAACAAUAUAUAAAUAGUAAUUUUUAAAAAAAUUACAUAACAUCACUUUUAACUUACUGAGGUUUUCAUAUUACACUUUUAUCUCUUUCUUAACAUAUCAAAAAGAGAAAGACCAAGAAGGGAAACAGAAAGAAAGAAAAAAAAGAAGAAGGGGGAGGGAGGGAGGGGAGGGGAGGGAGAAGAAAAAUAAAACAGAGCUCUCAGAGUAGCUGACACACACUCAGUUAAAACUAGACAGUCCCUGUCCACAGGCUUGCAGUCUAAAGAACAGAAUAUAACAUGGCACACAAAGGACAAGGGGGUGGGAAUCAAACUCAGGCGCCAACUCCUAAACAGUUGUUUCUGUAAUGACCAAAUGCUGGCGCUGUUCAAGGGAAGGAGGUGCUUAGUGCAGCUGGUCUUUCGGCAAAGCAUCCCAUGUCUCCUGCUGAGGCAGCCUGAUGGAAUGGCUGCCCCCAGGGGACGGCUGAGGGAGAGGAGGAAGGAAUAUGCGUCCAAGGAUUCCGUUCAUGCUGAUAGUAUGAGCUGUUGUUGUUGUUUUCUUAGUGGGCCAGGACAGUUUUCUGCGGUUCCAUGAACAAAAGCCUGCGGCCCUCCUGAUGGCUGUGUUGGCAGGGGCUGAUGGGAGAUGUAGUCCAAAAUGGCGGUGGGUGGGUGGGGACUCCAAGUUGGCAAAGGCUGGAAGAAACCUGCCCAUUGGACACGGGAGCAAGCCCAAAUACAGAAGAACAGCCAAGUAGUGAAGUACUGGGUUUCUAUAUUGCUGUAAGAUUCCCAAGAAAUGUUUAUUGAUGGGUAGCUAAAUAAAAUAAUAGAAUCUUAGAGCUGGAAAGGACCCCAAGGGUCAUCUAGUCCCUCCCCCCGCAAUGCAGGAAUCACAGCUAAAGAAUCCCUGACAGGUGGCUAUCCAAACUUUCUUUGAACAUCUCAACUGAAGGAGAGUCUACCACCUUUCAAGGGAGCCUGUUCCAUUGCCAAAUGGACCUUACUGCCAGAAAGCUCUUCCUGAUGGUUAGUCGACAUCUCCUUUUUUGUUGUUUAAAUCCAUUGGUUUGGGUCCUGCCCUCCGGAGCAGCAGAAAACAAGCUUGCUCCAUCCUCCCUGUAGAUAUUUGAAGAUGGCUAUCCUGUCAUCUCUCUGUCUCCUCUUUUCCAAGCUAAACAUACACAGCACCUUCAACCACUCCUCAUAAGGCUCAGUUUCCAGGCCCUUGAUCAUCUUGGUUGCCCUUCUCUGCAUGACUUCCAGUUUGCCAAUAUCCUUCUUAAAUUGUGGUACCCAGAUCUGGACGCAGGACUCCAGGUGUGGUCUGACCAAGGCAGAACAGAGCAAGACUAGUACUUCCCUUGAUUUGGACACUUCUAUUGAUGCAGCCUAGAAUUGCAUUGGCCUUUUUAAAAGUUUUGGUUACUUUGAGUUGCCAACAGCAUCCCGCUGCCUGUGCCUUACAAAGUUCAGCUGAUACAACUGCAGCAAAAUUGACCCAGUGGGCCUCUUCCUACAUUCCCAUAUGCCCCACAGGACAGAUAAUCUGAAUUUCUGAGAAGGGGGAAACAGAAGGGUUAACUGGGAAGAAAAUUCUCAGAUGCUUCCGGUUGCUCCCUAGCGUGCCCUUACAGGCAGGGGCCUCUCUUUUUUUAAGCGCUCUGUUCCUUUGAUGGCAGCUUUCUAAAUAAAUAAUAGUUUAUCUUUCUGUGUAAGUCUUUAAGUUGCCAAUAAUGCAAUUGUGGCAAAAUCUUGAGGGCCAUUCUUCUAAGUGGGGAGGGCAAUUUGGAGCAAGUGCAUUUCAUGAUGUAUUCUUCUAAUCAGGGAGAACGAUUUGACGCAAAUGCACUUGAUGAUAGAAUUGUAGGGUUGGAAGGGACCCAAAGGGUCAUCUAGUCCCACUGCCUUCUUUCUACCCGGCCUUUUGGCAGACAUUGCUGGACUUUGCCAUCUGGGAAUGGAUCUGAGAUUGCCUGGCAAUUGGAAUCUUUCCUACCCCCCUCCAAGCUUCUUAUCAUCAUCAUCAUCAUCAUCAUCAUUUAUUUAUACCCUGCCCAUCUGGCUGGGCCUCCCCAGCCACUCUGGGCAGCCCUCAACAAAAUAUCAAAACACAGUAAUGCAUCAAACAUUAAAAGCUUCCCUAAACAGGGCUGCCUUCAGAUGUCUUCUAAAAGUCUGGUAGUUGUUUUUCUCUUUGACAUCUGGUGGGAGGGCGUUCCACAGGGCGGGCACCACUACCGAGAAGGCCCUCUGCCUGGUUCCCUGUAACUUGGCUUCUCGCAGCGAGGGAACCACCAGAAAGCCCUCGGCGCUGGACCUCAGUGUCCGGGUAGAACGAUGGGGGUGGAGACGCUCCUUCAGAUAUACUGGACCAAGGCUUAUCAGAAGUUCCUGCUAACUCAGGGGGCUACCAGGGAGUUGUGAGUUCAGCACCACAUUCUGGGUGCAUGGCUUUGGUGUGUCAAAGGCCCCUGCACCGCACAAGGAAAUUCUCUGGGCAAACGCUCUCCAGCUCCCAAACAGUUUAACACCAAGUAGUAGUAAUAAUCAAUUAUUCCAUUGCUGUUCUUGUGCUCAUCGCUUCUCUCUUAGCUUCAGGAUUCCUCACCUGUAAUAUAGGUGUAUGGAUCAAUUCAGGGGCAUUGUUGCCCUGCCCUAUUUUGCAGUGGGCACUGGAUCUCUUGCCCCUCCAUCUCUUUAGUGGUGCAACUCCUGCUUUGCAUAAAAAGCUCACAAGUCCAGCCUCCAGUGGCAUCUCUAGGCAGCGCUAGGAGACUCUCCCUGCCUAAUGGGUCCCUGCCAGUCAGUGUAGGCAGUAUUGAGCUGUAUAGACUGCAUAGUCUAAUUAUUGACAGUGCGGUAUAAUUUUUUUAUGCCCUCAUGAAAACUCAACAGUGUCUCAGUGCACCUUUCUCCUUAAUAUAUGCAUUUCUGUAUGUAGUUCUCCUAAUACAAUGCAUUUUGUUUUGUACGUUACACUGUGAAUUAUUUAAUGCGCACUUCCCCCUGAUACAUGCAUAUUUGUGCAUGGUUUUCAGUUUGGCCUUUUUGAUUGGCCAAAAGGCUGCAUUGCAAGAUUCAGGGAAACUAAGGUUCUGAUACCCAGAACUGUUUCAGUUCCCUUCUUGCUUCGGGGAAUGUGAAUUGGGUAGGUUUGCAUUUACAUGAGGACCGAAUUCCUCCUGCAUCUCUCAUUGGUGAUGGGUGUUCCCCUUCUCCACCCCCUGCAGAAGCCUUGUGUGUUUCAGUUCCCUGUUCUUCAUGGGCAUUUGGUGGGGUUUGCCUUGGCAAGCAGGAGGGAGAAGAAAGGACCUAUUUAUAGAAUGGCUGUUCAGUCCAUAGAUGGUCAAAAGGACAGGAACCGUUGAGAACCCUGCCGUUCUCCUGCCAUGGUCUGUUUUGAGAAGGAGCUGUGGGUCUCUCUGCUCAGGUGACAGCUGAAUCUUUCCUGACGCUCUCUGGCAAAGAGCAAAGUCCAGGAUAUCAGCUCUGAAGUGAGUAGCCUUGUAAUCCCUGUAUGGAAAUCCUGCACUUGAAGCACAGUUAAGUGUGGGCAAAGCUCAGUUUGCAUUUUAAAAGACAGGGGUGUGGCGGCUCCAUUCCCCAUCCCAAACCAACAGGAGUCCUGUCGCUUAAACCAAGGUAUAUGAGAGCUGCCUGCUGGUAUUCAGAAGAGAGAUGGUGGCACUUUGCAUGUGCUCAGAGGCUACUCUCCUUGCUCAGAGAAACACAAUGGGAUCCAGCCCCCAGGGGAUCCGCAUUCAGUCCUGGUUCCUUUCUGUGUGUGCAUUUGGAAAGCCUUUACCUAUGUCCUCUCUAAAUUAAAUUAAAUUCAAUUAAUUCAAAUUCAAUUAAUUAAUUCAAAUUCAAUUAAAUAAAUUAUAUUUAUUUUAUAUAUUCAUUAUUAUUUUUUAAUCCUACUAUCACUCUUGGGGCUGCAUGCAUAGUUUUCAUAGAACCAUAAUGUUGGGAGGGACCCCAAGGGUCAUCUAGUCCAACCCGCUGCAAUGCAGGAACCACAGCUAAACUAUUCAUGACAGACGGCCAUCCAGCCUCUGUUUAAAAGCCUCCAAUGAAGGAGAGCCCAGAAAGUCAUCAGGUACCCACUUCACUUCCUCACAUCAACCCUGCAAGGUAGGGUGCGAGAGAGAAAGGAGUGACUGUCCUAAAUGUCACCCAGUGAGUUUCAUGAUUGAGGGAGGGACUGUAACAGUAAGGGUGGGGGCUUUUAAGGGAUAACCACCAUCCAGGAAUUAUACUUACCCCCUCCCCCACAACUUUCUUAAUUUUUAUUUUAUCUCACCAUUUGCUCCUAAACCGGAAGUGAAAGAAGCUCUGCAAGGCAGGGAGUAGGACUGAACCCAGAGAUUGCUCUUCCACUGUGGUUAAAAAUGCACCGUAUUUUUCGCUCUAUAAGACGCACUUUUCCCCUCCUAAAAAGUAAGGGGAAAUGUGUGUGCGUCUCAUGGAGCAAAUGCAGGCUGCGCAGCUAUCGCUGAAGCCAGGAGAGCAAGAGGGAUCAGUGUGCACCAAUCCCUCAUGCUCUCCUGGCUUCAGCGAUAGCCAUGCAAAGCCUCUUGAGUGAAGAGGGAUCCCUCCUUCCUCUUCGCUCAAGAGGUUUUGCAUUGCUUUCUUGUUUUCCUCCUCUAAAAACUAGGUGCGUCUUAUGGUCGGGUGCGUCUUAUAGAGCGAAAAAUACGCUAAUAUUUAUGAGAACAGAAGGAGAGCCUGCUGGGUCAGGCCAGGGGCCCCUCCAGGAUCCUGUUCUCACAGUGGCCAACCAGAUGCCCCAAUGGAAAAACCUGCAAGUAGGACCUGAGCACCAAAGCCCCCGCCCCUUCUGGGUCCCCCAGCAAUUGGCAUUAUUCAGAAGCAUUCCUGCCUCUGACGGUGGAGGCAGAGUAAAGGCCUGGCGUCUUGUAGCCUUUGAUAGUCCUCUUCUUCUCCUCCAUGAAUUUGACUGCUCCUUUUUUUUAAGCCACCCAGGUUGGUAGCCCCCACUGCCCCCUGCAGGAGGGAGUUCCACAGUUGGACUUUGCACUGCGUGAAGAAGGACUUUCUCUUAUCUGUCCUGAACCUUCCAGCAUUCAGCUCCAUCGGAUGUCACGAGUUCUAGCAUUAUGAAAGAGACAGGGAAACGCAUAGCUUUCCCCAUGCUAUGCAUCGUUUCAUAAACUCCAAUCAUUUUCUCCUCUUGUAAGGUGUUAAAUAUAAUACUUAGCCAUUGAGCCCCUUUAAAUGGCACACCUGUGACUGCUACCUCUUGGCAUAGCGGUCAACGUUUCCCUUUUUUAAAGGGAGAUUCCCUUAUUCCGAAUAGGAUUCCUCGCAAGAAAAGGGAAAAGUUGACAGCUGUGCCUCUUGGUUGGGUCGGACAGGUGGGUUUUUCCUCUUGCUGGAUCUUCACAACAGCCCUGUGAGGUGGUUUAAUUUGUGAGGCAGAGAAGCCUCUUGUCAAGAGUCACCUUUUGAGUUUCAGGGCUUGGCCAUCUGUAGUCCAGAGUUCCUUCUGAAGCUAAUAUCCCCCCCUUCUCUCUUUGUGCCCAGUAUGGAAUUGUCUUGGAUGCCGGAUCUUCCCACACUGCCAUGUUUGUGUACAAGUGGCCUGCAGACAAGGAGAAUGACACUGGGAUUGUCAGUCAACACAGCAUGUGUGACGUAGAAGGUAAGUGUGGCUUGUGCGCAGUUAGGCAUCCCAGCCUUCAGGGGGCGCUCUACCCUUACUGCAGCUCCCAAUCAUGCUGUUAACAGAAUGGGGAUGUAUUGUAGAAUUGGGGAGUUGGGGCAUCUGACUGAAGGCUUACCUUUAAAAAUCAUUUUGAAAUUAGAGGGUUCUGUCUGCAAUUGGAGGCAACAUCACUCAGUUCCUCAACAGAUGUCGCGGUUUGUUGGCAAGUUAAGGUACCGCAGGUCCUAGGUUUCGCAAGCUACAAGCAGAUUAUCUUAAAUCUUAGCUGGUCAGCUGGUUAGGCUUACGAAAGAUCUGUAGUCAACUCUGCUUGUUGUGCCACAGCCUGGAACUUGUUAGAGGAUCCUCCUUUAACUCAGACCCACCAUAUCUUUUCUGCACCAAGGAAACCUAUUUUGUCAAAGGAGAAUUAAGUCUCACUUUAAUUACGCAAUUAAAAUUGAAGCAAUGGUCUACUCUUGUCCUUGAAAAACUCUCUGGCGCAGUGACAGAAAAUGACCUGCCCCAGGAGAAAACAAACUCCUGCAUUUCUACCUGAGGGAAGAUAGGAGAGAGCAGUGACUCAUGGAGGGGCAAUGGGAACUCUGGUCAGAAAUCGCCAUUCUUCUUAAUAGGGCUCGAAUUGCCUCUCAGUUAGUGAUGUGGCAGAAUUAUCUGCAGCCCUGAUUGGAAGACACUUGCAAAGAUGCAGUAGACAACGGCCUCUCCUGGUCUGCCCCGCAGACGACCUUAAGGUCCAUGAAUAACCAUAGUUUAGAGGUUCCAGGCCCUAAGGAAGUCAGAAUAUCCUCCACCAGGGCCAGGGCCUUCUAAGUGAUGGCUCCAACCUGGUGGAAUGCUCUGUCCCAUGAGACUAGGGCCCUGCAGGAUUUAACCUCCUUCCGCAGGACCUGUAAGACAGAGCUAUUCCACCUGGCUUUCAAUUUGAAUUUAGCCUGAUCUUUUAUUCCCCUUCCUUCCCUCCCCUUUUUAUGAAGAUUCCCCACUCUGAGAUCCCACAGCUAAUUCUCCCCUGGUCUCCUCGCUGGCCCAAAUGGGACUACAGUGGUGCCUCGCAAGACGAAAUUAAUCCGUUCCGCGAGUCUCUUUGUCUUGCGGUUUUUUCGUCUUGCGAAGCACGGCUAUUAGCGGCUAUUAACGGCUUAGCAGCUUAGCGGCUAUUAACGGCUUAGUGGCUUUAAGAAAAAGGAAACAAACUCGCAAGAACUCGCAAGACGUUUCGUCUUGCGAAGCAAGCCCAUAGGGAAAUUCGUCUUGCGGAACGACUCAAAAAACGGAAAACUCUUUCGUCUAGCGAGUUUUUCAUCUUGCGAGGCAUUCGUCUUGCGGGGCACCACUGUAAUUUGGCCAGAUAGCCCUGGUGAUCAUCUAAUGUUUAUUGGAUGGAUUUCCCCCCCUAAAUUGAUUUUUGAAUUCUGAAUUUAUUGUUAUUCAUGUUUUGUAUUGUAUAUUAUGCUAUUUUUUGUUGCAUCAAGUAAGUGUUUUGAAUUUGUUGUUGGCUGCCAUGAGCCCGGUUUUCUGAACCAGGAAGGGCGGGGUAUAAAUAAAAAAUUAGUAUUAUUAUUAAGAGCACAACUCUAGGAUUCCAUCUUGCGCAAUGUGACAUUUGUUUCUUCUUGGGUCAAACUGGUGGCGCCUGCCUUGGGAGUGUGUUGUGGUGGCUGGCUCUGAUCUGGCCAUUGUCUGAGCUUUCCAAUCUGGCUUUUGUACAGUGGGCAUGCCACAGGAGAAGCUGGGUUGGCCAGUCCACCAUUUUCUCCCUUUCCCUUUUCCCACGGAGCGCCAGACAAAGAACCAGCCUCGCCCACCUGCUUUGAAAUCUUUAGUGCCAACUUCCUUUUCUUUUUUUAAAGGCAAUGUGGUCUCUGUUCCAGAGCUGGCAUCAGUUGGGCAAAUGGCACAAAAGGCCCAGGUGCUUGUUUUCAAAACAUAAAAUAAUAUGUCACAAUGGGAGGCCAGGCAGAGAGCCAGGUGGGUGCUCUGCCCGUGCCAAACUAACAAAUGGUUUUGGGACCCAGAGGGUGGCUCAACAGGGCGUGCCACGGCGAUGUAAAGGGCACAAGUUAAUCCCCUGGCCAUUUCAUGCUGGCUCUACACAGCUUUGGGGAAAGCUAGGAGGACUUUGGGAUGCAGGUGGCGCUGUAGGUUAAACCACAGAGCCUAGGGCUUGCCGAUCAGAAGGUCGGCGGUUUGAAUCCCUGCGACGGGGUGAGCGCCCGUUGCUCGGUCCCAGCUCCUGCCAACCUAGCAGUUCGAAAGCACAUCAGAGUGCAAGUAGAUAAAUAGGUACCGCUCUGGCGGGAAGGUAAACGGCAUUUCCGUGCGCUGCUCUGGUUUGCCAGAAGCGGUACCUUCUGGCCACAUGACCCGGAAGCUGUACGCCAGCUGUACGCCAGCUCCCUCGGCCAGUAAAGCGAGAUGAGCGCCGCAACCCCAGAGUCGGCCAUGACUGGACCUAAUGGUCAGGGGUACCUUUACCUUUACCUUUAGGAGGACUUUAUCCAAACGGUGGUGUAGUAAAUUUUGUCAAUAACCAUGCCACUGUGAUGUUUAAGGCAACUUUACUUGCUCAGAGCAGUGGCCACUGGGAACCCACAAAAGGGGAGCCCCCAGCCCCAUAAAUUACGCAGGCUUAUACAGAGGCAUUCCCUCCAUAUGGUGGGGAGGGCCAGGGGUGCUGUAGCCCUGGGCACAUGAUUUUGAGGAGGUGCAAGCCAGGCUACCCCACGCAAGGAUCCCCGCCCUACCUGCCGCCAGGGGUCCCUGGACCCUGAAGCCUAGACUGGCCUGGCUGCUGUGCCCUCCAGCCCCCUCUCUGAAAGGCCACCCAGCCAGCGUUGGGGCCAUGCGGAUUCUCCUAACGAUAUCAUUGCACACACUCUGCUUACAUCUUCUCACAUGUAGACUCCCUAUCCAUGUGACCUAUGGAAGAGUCUUAGCUCAGCUGACAGAGCACCUGCCUCGCAAGCGGAAGGUUGCAGGUUCAGUCCCUGCCAGCAUCUCAAAGUAGUGAAAAAAUGAACCUAUGCUGCCAAUUCUCAUAGUAGACCAGUAUGACGUAAGCAGCACAUAAGCGGCACACAAAACACUAACAAACCAUUCUACGUUCUAAAUCUUAUAUUAAUAAUCCAAAAAUUGAGAGAGCUAUGUACAAGAUCUACUACAGAAGCCACAAACAGAAAACUCAUUCAAAUUGUGUCCAAAAGGAAGAUUCAGUCUUUAAAGUUCCUUUAGCCAGGCUCUUGUAGAUAUCAACAAAGGUAAGUUUGAUCAAACGAAGUGUCGGCGAUGUUACGUUCAAGGGUUAGAUAUCAACGAAGAUAAGAUAUCAACGAAGAUAUCAACGUUUGAUCAAACUUACCUUUGUUGAUAUCUGCAAGAGCCUGGCUAAAGGAACUUUGAAUCUUGCUUUUGGACACAAUUUGAAUGAGUUUUCUGUUUGUGACUUCUGUAGUAGAUCUUGUACAUAGCUCUCUCAAGUUUUGGAUUAUUAAUAUAAGAUUUAGAAUGUAGAAUGGUUUGUUAGCAUCUCAAAGUAGGGCUAGGAGAGACUCCAUGCCUGAAACCCUUGAGAGCUAUUGCCAGUCAGUGUAGACAAUACUGAGCGUAGACAAGACCAAUAGUCUGACUCCAUAUGAGGCAGCUUUCUAUGUUCUAUGGCACGGGUGUCAAACACAAGGCCCGCGGGCCGAAUCCGGCCUGCCAGACCUCGUCAUGUGGCCCGUGUAGCCGCCGCCGGCCGCCAGCCUUCACCUUUUAUUCUCGCUUUUUCUUUUUGACACAAGAAAGCCGCCUCUUCAGUGCAUGCACGGCAGCCUACAAGCCAGAGAACGUCUGCCCUCUAGCGGCGCCAGCUGUUCUACACAGGAAACCUCCACUUUACAUUCAGGAAACCUCCACUUGUUUUUAUAUUGAGCGCAUGCUUAUAUUAUUACAAAAAACAGUAAUAAUUGAAUGCAGUGACAAUAAUUUUUGAUAAAAAAGAGUGGACACAUAGUCCUACAGAUACAACCGGCCCUUUGAGGGUGACCAAACUGCUGAUGCGGCCCCCGAUGAAUUUGAGUUUGACACCCCUGUUCUAUGGCAAUCUAUAUACCUAAACAGGAAACUAAGGGCUCUUCCACACUUCCGCUUGUCCUGCUGCUUUCCCCCAGGAAAACCCAUUCUUUACCACUGAAUUGGAGCAAACAUCAAUCAGAUUUCCCCACAGAUGAACGUUUGCUCCAAUUCAGCUCCAAAUAGUGAGUUUUCCCAGGGAAAGUGGCAGGACAAGCGGAAAACUGCUUGGACAUGUGCUUUCUAGGUCAGGGACCAGAGGAAGUGUGGAUGGACCCUAACACAGAGAGUCUAAUUUCAGAUGUUCUUUGGAACGCCAUCUCAAGGGGAUGGCCGUGGCUCAAUGGCAGAGCAUCUUCCUUGCAGCAGAAGGUCCCAGGUGUUCACUCCUCAGUGGCAUCUCCAGGCUCCCUGUCUGAAAUCCUGGAGAGCCAUUGCUAUCAAUCAGUGUAGACAAUACUGAGCUAAAUAGAUCAAAGGCCUGAGCUGAUACAAAGCAGAUUCCUAUGUUCCUGCUUAUGCCUACGUCAAUACGGCCACCCACCACGCCACACCACCCAGCUGCCAACCACUUGAUGAUGUCACCAUGGCGCCAGACGAUUGACACCUGCGGAGUUCAGUGGCGGUCACUGUGUGAUUAGAGGUGACAGAAGCCACCUCUGAAGAUGUACUUUCUGUGCCAUUGGCUGAUUGGCGCUGGGAAUGCACUUCCAGAGAGACUCCCUCUGACCAAUGACCAACUGGCAUGGUCAGUGCCACCUUCUCCUUUGAAUGCCCAUCCCCUACUGUGCCCCUAGACUGGGAAUGAUGGCUUUGUCUCUGGUUGCAUCCACAGGUGGUGGCAUCUCCAGCUAUGUUGCAGACCCCUCAGCAGCCGGACGGAGCUUGCAGGCGUGUCUUGACCAGGCCCAGGGCGAUGUUCCGAAGGAGAGGCAUGCAGCCACCCCUCUGUACCUGGGAGCCACGGCCGGCAUGCGACUGCUCAAGUGAGAACUCCGUAGCCUAGUCUGGUGUCUCGGGGCAUUUUUUCAUGCUUCUAUCUAUCAUUGCCAUGUCAUCCUCAUCACUGGUUGUCAUGGCUGCAGCUCCCCAGGAACUGGCUUUCAGAGGUAGACUGCCUCUAAAGCUGGUGUUUCCAGACAACCAUCAUGACUGGCUGCUCAUCCUCCCUUAAAUUUGUCUAGUCUCUUUCUGAAGCCACCUAAGCCAGUGGUAUCUUGUGGCAGUGAGUUCCAUCGUUUGCUUGAACCUGCUACCCAUCAACUUAAUUGGAUGAUCCUCAGUUCUAGUAUUACAAGGCGGGGGAGGAACGUCUCUCUCUCUCUCUCUCUCUCUCUCACACACACACACACACACACACACACAUAUUUUCAUAAACCCCACUUGGGCCCUCCCACUGUCUUAGAAACCAUUUUUCUGAACCCCAAAGCUUUGGAUACUGAAGGUGCUCUAAUCCUUUGUUUGCACUCCAUGGAUCAGAUCUAUUUCCCACUUGGCUCUUCUUCACAGCAUCAAAAUUAUACUCCCUGAGGCAGCGGUUUCUGUCCUCUCUGGACAGGUCCUAGACCAAAAGGUGCCCAGCUGAGUAGCAUCUCUCUCUCUCUCUCUCUCUCUCUCUCUCUCUCACACACACACACACACACACACACACACACACCUUUCAUGCAUUUUAACUUUUGAAUAUCACGUGAAUGUUUGUGUGUUUGCAUGUGUGUUUAAAAUUUGCAAUUGUAACCCACUUUAUUAUUUUGGAGCAUGAUUUAUCUCUGCUACAUAGGAUUACACAUUUAUUUUAUUUAUUUUGUUUCAUAAAAUUUAUACCCUGCUUGAUUGUAAAACACACACACUGCAAAACAGUUCACAAAAAAAGGAUAAAUCAAUAAAAUUGUCAAUAAGAAAAAUUAACAACAAUUUAAGACUUUCAAAUAGUUAAAAUAACAAUAGACUAAAAACAAAUCAAAACUUUGCACCAACUCUCUAAACAUCUGGGUAGGCAUAGCUGUGUUUUUAGAAAAGCACAGUGAAAGUUCCUGCCAGAUAUCAAGAGGCAGGGAAUUCCAAAGUGUAGGUGCUGCCACACUAAAAGAUCAAAUUGUUACAUUUGCACACGUAGCGCUGAUCACAAUUCCUCAUGCCCACAGUUUCUUUGAAGGGUGUUGACCAUCACCAGUGCCCAGUGAAUAAGUUGUGUGCACGUGAGCAAUCAGUGUGUGUGCAUUGGGGUUCUAACUGUUAACAAUAUGCUUAUGAUAAUAUUUUAUUCUCUUGUUAAUUAUGCUGUUUCAAAGGUUCAUUUUAUAUUUGACUUCCUUUCACUUUGAAUCUUUUAGAUUACAUUUUAGUUUCCUCUUGCUUUGAAUGCUGCUCUGAAUGUUUGAUUCAGUGUUUUAUUCAGGAUUGUUUUAUUUGAUGCUUCAGUGUGGUAAACGGCACUGAGGUUUCCCCCCCUUAAAAAUAUAAAACAGCAUAGAAAUGCAAUGAAUGAACAACAACAGCAACAACAACAGCAACCACAAGACAACACUGUCCAUCCAGUUCAGUUUUGCCUGCUUUGCACUACUUUGCUGUUGAGUAAGGAGAGCUGAAGGAAGGGCCUUAGUUCAGUGGUAGCAUCUGCCCUGCAAUCAGAACAUCCCAGGUUCAAUCCCUGUCAUCUCCAGGUAGGGUUGUGGGAAAGCCUGCCUGAAACCCUGGACAGCUGCUGCCAGUUAGUGCAGACAGUACUGAGUGAGGUGGACCAAUGGUUUGACUCAGUAUAAGGCAGCUUCCUAUGUUCCCAUGUUUCUGCACCCGUGAAUCUAGCUGGCUGCUUGGGUCACUGGUGUCCAACUUGCAGCCUGAUCUAAACAAAUGUUCUUGUUUUUUGGAUAGUCUCACUGACCCCGAGGCUUCGGACAGGGUCCUUGCAGCUGUGAGCUCCACUAUGAAGCAGUACCCCUUUGACUUCCAUGGAGCGAAGAUCCUGAGCGGAGAGGAUGAGGGUGUGUUUGGCUGGGUCACAGCUAACUACCUCCUGGAGAACUUCAUCAAGGUAGAAGAGUCUUUCUUUCUUUCUUUCCACGACCCCUUUUUACUAUAUUAAACAUGAACCAAAGUCAUUCAUUGCCAGGUGUGGAACAAGACAUUGCGACAGUGCAGUUUCUGCCCCAGAGGCUUUGCAUACAAUGGUUAAAGCCAGAGGGGUUCCCUCUGGGUUCUGCUGGACUCCACCUCCCAUCAGCUCCUGCCUGCAGGCCCAGUGCUCAGGGGUGAGGGGAGCUGGUCCACAAACAUCUGCCAGGGCACAGGUUCCUCAUACGAGAAACUCACCAUGCAGAGAAAAAAGCAUGCCUCGUAGAAAGGAUGAGCUCUGGCAAACUAAGUCAAGAGCCAGCAGGCCAGUUCUGCGCUUCGAAGCCAGCUCCUUUAAGAUGACCAUUCCUGUUCCUUUUAAUUCAGUACGGAUGGAUUGGACAGUGGGUCCAGCCCAAGAAGAAGACCGUGGGCGCCAUGGACCUGGGAGGAGCUUCCACCCAAAUCACCUUUGAGACAAAAGAGACUAUCGAGACACCUGCCAACGAGGUGAUGCUGCGGCUGUACGGGCAGACCUACAAGGUCUACACACACAGUUUCCUCUGCUACGGCAGGGACCAGAUCCUGAAGAGGCUUCUCUCCAAGGUGCUGAAGGUAAGGGAGUAGGGUUGGAGGUGAGACAUCUGGGGGCUGCCAUCCUAGCCCAAAAUUUCCAGUGGUAAGAGGCUCCCUCUGGACUUUCCUUCAUUGGCUGUCUGCCAGGGAUUCUUUAGUUGAGAUUCCUGCAUUGCAGAGGGUUGGACUGGGUGACUCUCGGAGUCCCUUCCAACUCUACAAUUCAAUGAUAGUACAAACUCCAGGGGACGCAGGUGGUACUGUAGUCUAAACCACAGAGCCUAUGGCUUGCUGAUCAGAAGGUCAGCGGUUCGAAUCCCCACGACGGGGUGAGCUCCCUUUGUUCAGUCCCAGCUCCUGCCCACCUAGCAGUUCAAAAGCACUUCAAGUGCAAGUAGAUAAAUAGGUACUGCUCCAGCGGGAAGGGAAACGGCAUUUCCGUGUGCUGCUCUGGUUCACCAGAAGCGGCUUAGUCAUGCUGGCCACAUGACCUGGAAGCUGCAUGCGGACAAACACCGGCUCCCUCGGCCUAUAGAGCGAGAUGAGCGCCGCAACCCCAGAGUCGUCCAUGACUGGACCUAAUGGUCAGGGGUACCUUUACCUUUACUUUUUACAAACUCCAGAGAAUCCCAAAGGGCCUGGUGUUUUGUUGGUUGACUCAGACUGGUUAUUUUCACCCACAACAGGCUGGAAGGUAUGUUCUCCAGGUGAGCAACCCCUGCUGGCCCACAGGAUACUGGAAGAACUUCACAGUGGCAACCAUCUAUGACUCGCCAUGCACUGAAGCGGAGAAGCCGACCAGCUACUUCCCCACCGCUAUAGUCAACAUGAGCGGCUCUGGAAAUGCAGCCAAGUGCCAGCAGCACGUGGAGAGCCUCUUCCAGUUUACUCCAUGCCCCUAUUCCCACUGCUCCUUUGACCAAGUCUUCCAGCCAAGUGUUACAGGGAACUUUAUCGUGAGUAGCUCGAGGCGGCGGAAUAUCAUGGGAGAAGGGAGGCCCACUUUGAGCCUUGGCUCAAAUAGCAGGACCAGUAUUCAGAAUACACAAAGUACAGAUGGAAAAGGGUGCCUCUGGGCAUGUGUAGAGCACAUUGCAUUUGCCGCCAAUUAAUCAGGGUCUUGCAAAGGAUUUAAGGGGAAGGGUUGCAGCUUAGUCUUAGAGCGCUUGCUUUGCAUGUAGCAGGUCUCAGGUUCAGUCCCUAGUGGGAUCUCCAGGUAGGACUGGGAAACCCUGGAGAGCUGAUGGCACUCAGGGUAGGUGAUGUUUAGCAAGAUUAACUGGUCUGAUUCGGUGUAAGGCAUUUUCCUAUUUUCCUUAGAGGAAGGGAGGACAGUGACCUCCAAGUCAUAGUUCAGCCUUCAGCCCUCCACCCUGAUCUGGCCAAAACUUCUAUGACUACUCAUAUUUUUCCUAGUUUCUAAUCUUCAAAUUCUGUGAACCCAAACACUGUAGUUGUUAGAUUAAACCAUAGGUGCAUGCUUUGCAGGGAGCCAACUUGGAAUAAAUUAUUUCAGGGGUGGGGGGAGUCCGCAGAUAAACCCUGCUCCACAUAAUAAAUAACAAAAUGCAGUGCACACACACCAUUUGAAAGGCAACCCCCAUCAACUUUUGGGGGGUAGUGGUGGCCCUCUCAAAUAUUUUAUUGGGGGGCUGAAGGGACCUUGGCCCCUAGGAGUUGGCUCCUAUGAUGCUUUGUUUUGUGUGUCUACUUUUAUCGGUCUGUGACUGUAUGAACAAUUCAUUCAUUUGGAUUACUUAAAUGAAUACCUGCCUCUGUUUUCUAGUUUCAGGGGUUUUGUAAACUACUGCCCCCUGCUGGGGAAUGUUUGAAUAACACCCCAUUUUCCCCUAAACAAUUUGGGAUAUUGUUUGCUUGCACCAUUGGUCCAUGUGGUGUGCACCUUUCCACCUGCUUACAGGAUUCUGACCGGUGGCCUAUGGACCACUGGUAGGCCCCCGUAGACUUUUAAUUCUUAAAUCUGGAAGGUGGGAAGAAUACAUGGGCAGAGAGGGGGGUUAUUUAAGUACAUUUAUAAAACAUGCAGUAUUAUAAAACAAAAAGCAUCUCAGUAAGACACCUCCACGAAUCUUUUCUGUAGCAGUGGUAACAUUUUGCCAAAUUAGUCCCUUCCUUCUGGAAAUGUUUUCCAAACUCUCUUCUGCAUAAAAUGCAUUUAACUAGGAAACUUAAUGGAUUCUAGCAUUUCCCGAAACUUACCAUGACAGUUAUUGGCUGUCAGGCCUAUUUAUUUAAUGAAAACAACAUUUUGCUAUCCAUAUAUUGGCAGCGGCCAACGGGUUUAAAUAAUAACCUCUGCUCGAUUUGGAUGUUUCAGCAACUUUGUGGCUGAUUAAGCCAAUAACUGGGUUGAAACAAAUAAACAAAAAACACAUCACAGUCUAUUGCUCAUGACAGUGGUGUAGAGGGGGAGGGCAGGGGGGCUGUGUCCCCGGGCACAGAAUCUGGGGGGGGGACCAGGUGCCCCCCUCAUGUGGUUGGCAUGCGAGCACCUGGCUGCCAGCUGACGGGAGUUGCAUGAACACAGACGGGCGGCCGCUUCCAUGCCAGGCAGGGGUGGUGCGGAGGGUAAAGAAACCCUCCAUGCUGUGGUGGCAAUGGUGAGGGCUGGGUAAGCAGGCUCCAUCCCCACCCCGGGGGGGGUGCACACUUGCUCCCGCCCCCCAGGCACUGUCAGACAGUACUACGACCCUGGCUCAUGAGUCCUAACCUCAGCAUAUGACCACAAGCUAUUAAGUAAAAUAAGGGCAUUAGAAGAGCUUGCAGCCCAUCUAGUCCAGCAUGCUGUCCUCAAAGUGGCCAAGCAAAAUAAUAUUAACAUAAUAAUAAUUUAUUAUUUAUACCCCGCCCACCUGGCCGGGUUUCCCCAGCCACUCUGGGCGGCUUCCAACAAAAUAUUAAAAUACCAUAAUGCAUCAAACAUUAAAAGCUUCCCUAAACAGAGCUGCCUUCAGAUGUCUUCUAAAAGUCUGGUAGUUGUUGUUCUCUUUGACAUCUGGUGGGAGGGCGUUCCACAGGGCGGGUGCCACCACUGAGAAGGCCCUCUGCCUGGUUCCCUGUAACUUAAAAGUCUAUUAUGAGAAGCCCACCAGCAGGACCUGCGUGCAAGAGCUGUCUCCCCUUCUGUGCUUUCCAGCAACGUGUCAUGGACUGGCUGGAUUCAGAGAAGUGGUGGGAGGCAGGGGAAGAAGGCUCAAAGCCAGGGGAUUGGUGUCAGGAGGACCCUGAGUGGUCAGAGGGAGAAGAGGGAGCAGACUGGGAGGAGGAGGUGUCAGAAACAGAAGGGGAGACUGGGUUUGGUGAGUGGGAAGUGGCUGUGGCAGAGCACAGAUCAGACUCCAAGGCAGUAGCUGAUGCCAGGGAGUCUCCCACUCCUGCUUUGACCAGCAACCUUCCCCUCUGGUCCAGAACACACAGAGAAAUCAAAUAUGCGGAGACGCAGCCUGAGACUGUGAGGGAAAGUUCCUGGAGAGGAGGAGUCCUGGAGAGGAGGAGCCCCUGGGAAGGGGGGGGACCUUCAGUCCUCACAACUGCUUCAUCAGGGCAAGACCUCCUAGAAAGCGUUGCUGAGACCACUGGGCUGGAGCUGUGGUCUGUCUCCUUGAAUGAAGAAUUAACUUCACUGGUCUCAUAGCAUUUAUGGUACUGUUGCUGACCUACACCUGACUCCGGCCCUGACACAACUGGUAUUCAGAAGCAUUUCUGCCUCUGACUGUGGAGUCAGAGCAUAGUCAUCAUGGAUAGGGGCCACUUAUAGCCCCCCCCUACAUGAAUUUGUCCUCCUUUAAGGCCAUGCAAGUUGCAAACCAGCAGUGCCUCUGCGGGAGUUCCAUGAUUUAGCUUGGUGCUAUGUAAAUAGGUCCUUUUUUAAAAAAAUAAAAUAAUAAUAAUAAAAUGAAAUUGAUUAUUAUAAUGACCAGGAAGUGCGACCAGUGGUAUGCCACACCCUCCUCACCUUCUUCUUCUCCUUCCUCCUCCUCCUCCUCCUCCUCAACAGGCCUUCUCUGCCUUCUUCUACACUGUGGACUUCAUCCAGUCACAAAUGAAGAGACAUGUGGCCACCCCAAGCGACCUGGAGCAGGCUGCUAACGAAAUAUGCAAUGCAACUUGGUCCGAGGUGGGUUUCCUCGUAAGGGGGGCUUUUCCAAUGCAAACUGAAGCACGCUCCAGACAUUUGGGUCCUGGCUGUUUAAGAAGAAAUCUGAUUUUUCAAAAUAUUUCAGUUUCAGCUGUAGGGUAGCAUGGUGUACAGUGCAGAUACAUCCAACCUUCUUAGACCCAGGACCCAAUUUUACCCAAACAUGCAUUUGGGGGACCCAUAUCUUAGUCUUUUAUCUUAUAUUUCUGCUGUGACCCUCCUUGGAUCAGGCUGUGACCCACUGGCAGGUCCCAGCCCACCAGUUGAAGACCAGUGGAUGGUGUUGGGGCAGGAUCCUGAGCUGCGAAGCUCACAUUGAGUGACUCACUCUCUCUCUCACUUAGCCUAACCUACUUCACAGGGCUGUUGAGACAAAAUGGUGUGUGGGUAUGGGAGGGAGAGGAAGAGGAAGAGGAAGAGAGAGAGAGAGAGAGAGAGAGAGAGAGAGAGAGAGAACCUUGUGUGCCACCUUGUGUUUCUUGAGGGAAAGGCAGAGUGUAAGUGGAGCAAGGACCAUGCCUGUUGUGAUUCCUUCAUCACAGGGGGUUGAAGUAGGUGGCCCUUUGUCUCCCUUCCAGCUCUUCAAUUCUGUGAUUCUAUGGUUGCUUUCCUUCAGGACAAGGAAAGAGGCAAAAACAGGGACAAAGGAAAAAUACAGCCAUGCAAAAUUAAGGAAAGGGCAGAGGGCUCUGCAAUGCCCCUUUUUGGAUGGCUGGAGAUGUCCUGGAAGCUGGGAGGUUAAUUUUGUGGGUGACAUAACUGGAAUUAGAAGACAGCUCUUAACACAACAAUGAGGGAUCCUUUUCAGCCAGAUGGCUGCACUUCCUCACAGGAAACCCCCCAGGCCAGUGAGUCUGGGGUAGGAGAAUGGGUUGAGCAGGAGGAGUACCCUGUGACAGCCAGGAACACCCUCUCCUCAGGUGGGACAGGACCCAAGAAGGUUGGGAGGGAGCAGUCAGAGUUGUGCUUUGCAUUUGAGAAGAAUAUCAAGCCUUUUCUCUUCCCUCCUCUCUUCCUGCCAUGCUUCUGUAAAUCUAGCUUCUUGAGAAAGCACCAGGCCUAGAGAAGAGGCUUCCCGAUUACUGUUCAGUGACCACCUUCAUCUACCUCAUCCUCACGCGGGGCUACAAAUUUGACAACAGCACCUUCCCCAACAUCGCCUUCCAAAAAAAGGUAAGAACCUAAGAAGAGGCUGCUGGAUCAGGCCAAGGGACCAUCAGGUCCAGCAUUCUGUUCUCGCAGUGGCCAGCCAGGUGCAAGCCGGGCCCCAGCACAAGAGCCCUCACCCCUCAUGAGGUUUCCAGAAGCUGGCAUUCAGAAGCAUUCCUACCUCUGACGAUGCAGAGCAGACCCAUCCAAAUUGGUGGCCAUCACUUCCUCCUGUGGGAGAGAGUUCCCUAGUUUAACUAGGCUCUGUGUGAAAAAGGACUUCCUUAUAUCGGUGCUGGAUCUUCCAACUUUCAGGUUCAUUGGAUGUCCACAGGUUCUGGCGUUAAGUGAGAGGAAUAAAAGCUUUUCUCCAUCCACUUCUAUCAUGUCCCCUCUUACUAGGCUUUCCUCUAAGCUAAAGAGUCCUGGGCCACCAUGCCAUUAAAACCCUAUGAUACCCCUUUAAACAGUGCUGGCUUCCCCAAAAGAACCCCGGGAACUGUAGUUUGUUAAGGGUGCUGAGAGCUGUUAGGAGGCCCCUAUUCCCCGUCUCUGAGCUACAAUUCCCAGAGUGGAAGUUGAAGGUGGUGGAACACUGGGAAUUGCAGCUCUCUGAGGGGACUCCCAAAAACUUCCAGCACCCUUAAUGAACUACAGCUCCCAAAUAAUUCUUUGGGAGAAACCAGCACUGUUUAAAGGAGUAUCGUGUCUCUUUGAAUAUAUGGCGUGAAUGUGGCCCAAGUCUAUAAUACAUACACAAAGUGUGCCUAAGCGCAUAAUUUGAAUUUAGAUGUAGACCUAGGUAGAGAAUGAUCUAUAUUUAAAUUAAACAUGUUCAUUCUGUUACCGCCUAAGUUUAUCUUUUGCUGCUUGCUAUCUGUCUCAGAUUCCAACCAACGUGUUUCAAUAACCAAUAUGAGCCUCCCCACCCCCCCAAAAAAACCCCAGUUGUGCUUUUGGUAACCUGUAUUCUGCCUGCAAAAAAGCAGUUAUGAUCUUAGCAACAUGAAUUCUUCUGGAACAUGCAGGGCCCUGUUGUUUGAUGAAGAUGCAGGGAGUUUUGAGAGGGGACCUGCUGAUCGCUGUGGUGUUCGAGCGAGGGAGCGCUUUGUAGUGGAAGUAGCCACAGGAGAAGCGUUGCCAGUUGUGUGAGUCUUUUUACAACAUUUUCUUUGUUCCUACAUGCAGGCUGGGGACACAUCCAUCGGCUGGGCCCUGGGAUACAUGCUGAACCUCACCAACAUGAUUCCGGCCGAGGAGACUGGCUUCUGGAAGGGCACAGCGUACGGCCCCUGGGUUGGCGUGGUCCUCCUCUUCGUUGCCAUCAUUCUGGUCACUGUGGCAAGCAUCUUCUGUCUGCUGAGAUCCACCAGGGGACGGGGAAUGAUGUAAAGGGCAGUCCUGAGCAGGUGGGAGCCCAGUACGGUGGGGUUUAUGUGAAGAUGGCAGGUCUUCCUGGGCCACAUCCAAUGUCCAGCCUGACCACACGGCUUGUUGGCUUGGAUCCCCUGUGGAGAUCAGAACCCAUUCCUCACAUGCCCCAUACCCCAAACCACAACUACAGCCUAGAGGGAGAGGAGAUGGUGACUGAUUCUGGACACAAAAACUGUUCAUCUGAGGCUUGUGAUGAAGCCCUUGUUUGCAUCCAAGAGUGCUGCAGUCUGAACAAUCAGCUUCCCUCAUUUUCUUCCAUUGUUGAAGAGCCAGUGAAAAUCACAAGGAGUGGUUGUGGUUGUUCUUGUUUUCUUUUAAUAAGGACUCCAGCUGAAAGCAAGGUUUUUCUGGACUUCCACCCACUCCUCUGCUCUGCUUGCAUAUCUGUUACUUAUUGAAGCUCAGGGACUUAUUGAAUCUGCCAUGAAUGCUUUGUUCUUGGCAAGGCUCCAGCCCUGGGAAGAAAUGUUGGGUGGGGGGAUUGGGGGGGAAAGCUCAACUUUUUGCAUUACAAACAGACCAGUGUGGCUGAAAUCCAGCACUGUAGAUAAGCACCAGGUGUGGCACAAAUUGCACCAGUGAUGUGGGCACCUGUGGUUCUGCUUUCUUUGAGCUCCCCCAGGGCCACUUUACCAUUGAGCAAAGCGAGGCAGCAGGUGCGGGGGGCUGAGAGGCAGCAGAGAGACCUGCGUGCAGGUCAGCGGUAGAGCUCCUGCUUUACAUGCAGAAGGUUCAGUCCUUGGUUACACCUCCAUAUAGGACUGGGAAUGUCCCCUGCCUGAACCCCUGCUGUCAGUCAGUGUGGACAAGGCUGAGCUAAGUGGAUCAGUGACCUGACUCAAUAGAAGGUCGCUUUCUAAGUUAUUGGCCCCUGAGCCAACUUGCUGCCCAUGGGAGCUUUGGAUAAUGCUGCCAUGGUUGAAGUAAGAUGGGACAGCCACUCUAGUCAACUAUCCAGGAGUGAGCUCUCUUGCCCUUUACCUCAGGCAGCAAAAUGUCUGCCCCCACCUGACUUCUUAAAGCUUCUUAUGGUGGUCUGCUAACAUUGCAUUCAAGAGUCUCAUCCAAAAUUAAACACCAAAGACAAAUUUUGAAUUUGAAGCCUACCCAUAGUAGAGACUUCAAACUGGUUUAGUCUUCAAUCCUGAACAGUACUCACUUACCUGGGCAUAAGCUCCACUGUACUCAGUGGGACUUGCUUCUGCGUAAAUGUGGGUAGCAGGAAUGCACCAGUGAUUUUUUAAAACAACUAUUAUUAUUAUUGUUAUUUGCUUGCUUUCCUGGAAACUCUGAACUGUGCAGAUGGAGGCAAAAGUGGGUUGAAGGUCUCUGAAGGAGGAGCUGCAAUUCCAGGAUAAGGAAAUCACUAUUUUUUCCCCUGAAAAAUUGCUCUGCCAAAAUUCCAGGUGGGGCAACUGGCAAAUUGCAUUUAAAUAUACUGUACUAACUUGAUUUGAAAUAAUUUGGUGAGGGGUGGAGAGAGAAAACAUAACCCCACCCCUUCACAACUUUUGGCUGUUUUUACAUCAAAUACGCCUCUACAUGUGGCUCAUUUAUUUCAGCAUCCUGGUCUCACCUUGGAUAACUGGACCUUGGUGCAAAACAGGCAAGCUUGCAUUGGUUUCUUCCCCACCCCAAUACUCCUUAGCAUAUUCUGCACUCUUAAAACAAAAUGCAGCUGUAUGUGUGUGUGAUAUAUUCCAUCUGUUUUCCUUUUAAAGAAAAACACUGCAUGUCUUAAAAACACACACAAAUAAAAACAUCUCAUAGAUGCCAACAUUUGGUGUGCUCAGCUGAGGAGUUAGUUAUUGAUCAUUGUGAGCCCCUGGUAUGCCUCCAAACAGAGACUUCAGCAUCAGGAGAGUGACAAAAUAUUUUCUACCAUUAGAAUCCAUUGCUUUUAGGGCUGGUUUCCAGACAGAUUCACUGGUGUUGCGGAAGAAGGAGCCUGUCAAUUUCAUUUGCUCCCCAUUUCUCAUUCCCUUCAUUAUGUUGAAUUUGCUCCAUUUCUGCAUGUUUGUGAUUCUUUUAUUAAAAAACACAUUAAAAAUUCA